AAUAGACGUCCACUCAAACAAAUAAAAAAAUAAAAAUGAAAAGUGGCGUGAAUCGGAAGCUUGGAAGAUGGCAAGCAGCGGAAGCGAAUGAAGGUUAAGGGAAGUGUGAAGUUUUGGAUUUUGAAAGGAAAACAUAAGAAAUGGCACCGCCCAAGAAGAGCAAGGCCAAGCAGGCCAAUAAAUCGGACUCUUCUGCGGCUUCCCCAAAUUCAACCACUUCUUCCUCCAAAUUCCCAUCAUGUAUUCGCUCCGUCCCUCCCUCCUCUGUCGCCAUCACCAUCCAUGCCAAGCCCGGUUCCAAACUCUCCUCCAUCACUGAAGAUUUCAGCGAUGAAGCAUUAGGAGUGCAAAUAGACGCGCCUCCCAAGGACGGGGAAGCUAACGCCGCACUUCUUGAAUAUAUCAGCUCCGUUUUAGGGGUGAAAAGAAGGCAGGUUUCAAUUGGUUCUGGUUCUAAAUCAAGAGACAAGGUUGUGAUUGUGGAGGACGUAAGUCUACAAAGUAUUUUUGAUGCUUUGGACAAAGCUUCAAAGUCCAACUGAUGGACAGUUAUUUUUGAGUUAGGCUUGCGUCUGUAUUAUGUAUAUGUUAUAUUGGUUAGUAACAUGUUGCGAAUUUGAUCUUGUUUACAAUUAUCUUUUUCACUGGAAUUCUUCUUACAGAUGCUUUCCAUGCUCUGAGAUCAA